AGACAGCCCACAUGGUGGAGGAAACGGCCAAGGCAUGCCAGGAGUUCGCCCACGCCCGAUGGUGGAGGGCUGGCCUGUUCACCAAUUCAACGGCUCAGUUCGGCACGGUCACACGGCUCCCCGACACAGUGAUCCUGCUGUCAACGCUCGACUCUGUGUUCGAGGAGCACCCGGCUGUCAGGAGUGCCAACAACAUGCUCAUACCCACGGUCGCCAUCGUCGACACCAACUGCGACCCACGCCUCAUCACCUACCCGAUCCCGGGAAACGACGACACGCCGUCGGCUAUCCAACUCUACUGCAACCUCUUCAAGACGGCCAUCCUUCUCGGAAAAGAGCGGCGGAAAAAAGACCAGGAGGAAGCGGCAAAGCUGAUUGCAACGAUGAGGGAGCCAGUG